UUUUCUUUUGAUACUCAAGAAAAAACAUAAUGUAAAUUCGUCUAAAUGUUAUGAAACAUAUUGAAGAUAAAACUUAUACCAUGAAGACGAAUCCUAGAGUUCAACACAUGAGUGAGUGUUUCAUAAAACCUCAGUAUGUCCCUGAAGAUUCCAAACAACCUUUCUAUUUGACGCCAUGGGAUCUAGCUAUGCUCUCUAUUCACCAUAUCCAGAAGGGUCUUCUCUUUGCUAAACCUUAUAAUGAUGAAGAGAAGGGAGAAGAAGGAAAUGAUUUCAUGGAAUCCAUACUGGACAAGCUCAAGAACUCUCUUUCCCUUUCUUUGGUUCACUUCUACCCACUUGCAGGCCGCCUUAAAACAAUCAAAACAGAAGACCCAUCUUCCUAUCUUGUUUAUGUGGAUUGCAAUAACAGCCCCGGAGCCAAAUUCAUAUAUUCAACUCUAGACCUAACAAUAUCCGAUAUCAUUUCCCCCACUGAUGUGCCUUGUAAGAUUGUGCAAUCGUUGUUUGAUCAUCACAAGUCUGUUAGUCAUGACGGCCACACAAUGAGCCUGCUUUCAAUUCAAGUGACCGAGCUAGUUGAUGGUGUUUUCAUAGGCUGUUCCAUGAACCACUCCGUUGGUGAUGGAACUUCCUAUUGGAACUUCGUCAAUAUGUGGUCUGAAAUCUUUCGAGCACAAGAGUUUAGUGGUAAUAAUAAUAUUAACUCUAUCUCUCGCCCACCCAUUUUGAAACGCUGGUUUCCAGACGGUCAUGGUCCAAUCAUCAAUCUCCCUUACACUAAUCCUGAUGAGUUUAUUGGCCGAUUCGAAUCACCUCUAUUAAGAGAGAGAUUCUUCCACUUCUCAGUUGAAUCAAUAGCUAGACUCAAAGCCAGAGCCAAUGUAGACUGUAAUAACACGAAUGGAAUCUCUUCCUUACAGUCCUUGUCUGCACUUGUGUGGAGGUCCAUAACACGAGCACGGAAUAUACCACCUGACCAGGUUACUACUUGCAAGUUAGCAACGAAUGAUAGAUCAAGAUUAGAUCCACCAUUGUCAGAUAAUUACUUUGGGAAUGUACUUUAUGCGAUAAAGAGUUGUAGCAAGGCUGGUGAUUUGCUUGAUCAUGAUUUGGGAUGGGCAGCGAGGAAAUUGCAUGAGGCUGUGGUUAACCAUAGCAAUGAGGACACGCGUGAGUUGCUUCAGGAAUGGCUUUGUUAUCCCCAGGUGUAUCAAUAUGGUAUGUUUUUUGAUCCUUUCACAGUGAUGAUGGGGAGUUCACCUAGAUUCAACAAGUAUGGAUGUGAAUUUGGGAUGGGGAAAGCAAUUGCAGUCCGUAGUGGGUACGCGAACAAGUUUGAUGGGAAAGUUUCGUGUUACCCUGGACGUGAUGGAGGUGGAAGUAUUGAUUUAGAGAUUUGCCUAAAGCCAGAAUUUAUGUGUGCCUUGGAAUCCGAUGAAGAAUUCAUGGGAUUCGCCUCUUCACCUAUUGAGAAUAGGAUCGAAUAGGAUAUUGGCUACUGAAAAGGAGAUUUCAGCUUUGGAAGGGGUUGUGGAAUAUGAAUUGUUCUUGGAUAUGGCUAUUGCAGUCAUAAUUGUUGGCACAACUGCAAUCAUUGCUAAGGCCAAGUAAUUUUUUCCUUUCUAUUUCUUCCUUUCGGCUCUUUUUUUUUCUUUAUUUCUUACUUGUUGUUCUAUGAUCAUUGGUUAGUUUCGAGCUCAUAGUCAUUUGGGUGUAGCUUGGAGAUGGCCAGAUGGGGUGAUAUGGGUACUUCUUGCAGAAUCAAACGCUUCUGCUGCAACUUCUUAUCAUUGCAAUUGGCCAUAAUCAAAUCUUUCCUGCUCCUCCAGUUAUCAAGUCCACCGAACAUUAUGAUUCUCCUUAGAUUAGCUGUUAUGAGUUUUGAUCCUAUGUUUUAGUUUUGGUAUUUAUUAUGGCUUAUGGGUUUAUGAUGUACAAACGCUGAAAUGGAAAAUUAUGGGUUCGAAUACUCCAAUGAGGAGCCUGAAGAACAAGAAGUUUGAUAUUGAGAACAAAUAUUACAAUUCUGAAGACAUAAAACUUGUUGAUGUCCCAGAAAUGAAUUGCACAAUUGCGAAUGAGCCUUAUCCUUGAGGUGAAAUAUGUGUCAAGGGUCCAAUUAUUUGUUGUGGCUAUGACAAAGAUGAAGUGCAAAGGAAAUGAUGUUGCUUGUUUUUUCAUUCUUUGCAGUUUAUUACCUGUUCAAUAUGACUCACAUGAUUAUUCCUCUGAAUAGGAGAGAAGUUAUUGAUGAAGAUGGAUAGCUUCAUAUUGGAGACAUUGGAGUGUGGUUUUCAGGAAGUCGUUUAAAAGUUGUUAGUAGGUGAGAUCUUAUAAUCUCAAGUGAUUUGUGCUUCGAUGAAUUGGUUGUUUUGAUCAAAUUCAAAAUAGUAAAUGUGUUGUACUUAGGGAAAUUAGCGGAGAGUGUUCCUCCACCCUUAUUCCCCUUAAAAAUUUUAAUUCUCAUCCCUCCUUAUUUCUUAUGGGUGAUGAGGCAGGGAUUCUCCUAAUAGGAACGAGAAAUCUCCUAAUAAAAAAAAUAAAUUUAUAAUAAACAUUCAAUAUAUAAAA